UCCCCAUUGGUCGUUCACCAUCCUUUGGUGACCGUCGUCGGGAUUUAUCAGUCCUCAAGCCUCUCGUCCACGAGGAAGAAGAAGGAGAAGAAGAAGGACACGGCGUUAAACAACAAAUCGAAUUGAGGGCGAAGUCCCACUCCGAAUUCACUCCGAAGAUUGAGAUUAUGGUGAAGAAGCGAGUGCCUGAUUGGCUCAACAGCUCGCUCUGGUCCUCCGCGCCUCCGCCCGACGACGAGCGCCUCCUCCGGUACGCUUCCAAGUACGCCGCCGCCGACAGGGACGAGCCGCCGGCGACGGAUCCCCCGGCGCCGGUUCCGCCUCCGGUCAUCGCGAGGGAGGAGCCUGCGGGAGCAACGAAAGCCGACAAUGAUGACGAGAACGGUGGCGCCGAGAGUCCGUCCGGGGAGGAGUUCGCCAGGCAGGCUCAGCUCUUGGCCGUGCUAUCGAAGAAGGUGAUAAAUGUGAGGGAGUUGAGAAGAAUUGCAUCACCUGGGAUACCGGAUAGCACAGGGGUUCGUCCCACCGUGUGGAAGCUUUUGCUUGGUUAUUUGCCUCCAGAUCGUGGGCUCUGGCCAUCUGAACUUGCGAAGAAGAGGUCACAAUACAAGAACUUCAAAGUGGAGGUUUUGACAAACCCUUCAGAAAUCACGAGAAGGUUGGAUAAAUCCACAAGCUGCGACAAUGACGAGUCGAAAUUUCAAAGGCGUGGCAUACUCAAGCGAUCAGAAAUAACUCAUGGGGAGCAUCCCUUGAGCCUUGGGCAAAGCAGUAUCUGGAAUCAAUUCUUUCAGGAUGCAGCCAUUUUAGAACAGAUUGACCGUGAUGUGAAAAGAACUCACCCAGAUAUCGACUUUUUCUCCGGAGAUUCAGCAUAUGCAAAAUCUAAUCAAGAUGCUCUGAGGAACAUAUUAACUGUGUUUGCUAAGUUGAAUCCUGGCAUACGAUAUGUCCAAGGCAUGAACGAAAUCUUGGCUCCUCUUUUCUUUGUACUGAGAAAUGAUCCCGACGAGGGGAAUGCGGCUGCCGCAGAAGCAGAUACUUUCUUUUGCUUCGUUGAGUUAUUGAGUGGUUUACGGGACAACUUUUGUCAGCAGUUGGACAACAGUGUCGUGGGCAUCCGUUCGACAAUUACAAGGUUGUCACAGCUUCUCAAGGAACAUGAUGAAGAGCUUUGGCGUCAUCUUGAGGUCACAACAAAGGUCAAUCCCCAGUUUUAUGCGUUUAGGUGGAUUACCCUCCUGCUGACCCAAGAAUUUAGUUUAAUGGACAUCCUACACAUCUGGGACACUCUCCUAAGUGACCCUGAAGGUCCUCAGGAGACAUUGCUUCGCAUCUGCUGUGCAAUGCUGAUUCUUGUACGGAGACGCCUUCUUGCCGGCGAUUUCACGGCUAACCUUAAGCUACUGCAACAUUACCCCUCUAUAAAUAUUAGCCAUCUUCUGUAUGUAGCCAACAAGUUGCGUUCUAAACCUUCAGGUUAAUUUAACCCCUCCUUAUAUCUCUUCUUCCUUGUUCCUUUUUUGGGGGGUUUUGCUUUUUCAAGUUUUUUGUUGGACUGUAAAUCCAUGUAAAUUAUUGGGUGUAAAUGUUGGUCGUUGUAGGAAAAAUUUCAACAUCCAAAAAUAGUCUCUGCUUUCGUCGGUUGUUAUCAUUUGAGUAGAGAGAUCAGAGAUUUUCCUUUUUUUAUUCCCCUGGUUUUAUUUAUAGGAGCCUGCACUGAAGAUUAAGAACUUCAGCUUUACACACGAAAAUGUAACUUUCCCUCUCCUCUUGUUUCUUUAAUGAAUUACAUGUGUAAUUUGUCGCAUUCA